AUGCUCGACAAAGUCCGGCCGCCACGGCGCAAGGACCUUAUGAUUGCUUGGGAGAAGCUGAUGCAGUCGAAACUCAAGCGCAGAGUCCCGCUCAACAGCACCCAGGCGCUUCAAUGCCGACGCCUACUCGAAUACCUCGCUGAAACCUCGAGCUCCAGCGGCCUACCAACCAAGAGCCUCCCACUUACUCAUAUUGCCAUGGCCCGUCAAGUCAUGCUCGAAAUCGAGCCUCACGAGAGGAGCCAGAACCACCUAGAUCUGGCCAGAGCUUUGCAUUCUGUGUCCAUCUCGGGCCAGUACAGGAGCUGUUCCGCUGCGCCGGAGCGUCAAUGGCGCUACUUGGUCCGGUCAUUGAGUCUCUACGGCGCAUCUCAAGAAGCCGUGCAGAUGCUGUACUCUAAAUGGGACGAUGCCGCCUACGCAGCCUGCUUCGACACACAGACCGGGCUCGUCGAGGCCGUUGCACGCGGACUCGCCCGGGAGGGCAAAGAGAAGGACCUGUUGGCGCUCGUGAAGUAUGCCAAAGGACACGGCGUGCCUUAUGACUGCGGGGUGCAGGCCGUCAUGGUCCCUUUCUAUGCCGCGCGCGAUCGAGUGCCCGAGACGAAGCAUUGGCUCGCGGAAUCAACGGGCCAGUCCCUCUUCCGGGCCGAAGUAUACCGGUCGAUAGCGUCUUUUGCCAUGCGGAAUGGCUUGCAAAGCUGGGCAACGCAGCACUUGCUCAGGUUGGGAGAGUCGCGGCCGCCAAAAAGGUACUGGGACGUCUUGCUUCAGGCCGUUAUCUUGGUCGGCAAGGGGCUUGGCGAAGUCAACGAGCUCAUGUCGCACAUGGUGAGCCGUGACGGAGCGCUGUCGCCCGACGGAGACACGCUCAACGGCCUGCUCAGAGUCGCAGUGGAGAUGCGAGAUCCGACGCUGGCCUCGGACAUUCUAGCUCUGGGCGCCGAAGAGGGACUUGCGCCGGACGGGGAGACGCAUCUCAUCCUGCUACAAAUGUGCCUCGCAAUGGGCAACCUGGUGGGCGCCCAAGACGCAUACCAGCAGGUCAAGCACUCGGAAGUCUGGAGGAGCGAGUCCAGGCCGGAGCUGCUUGACGAGUACGAGCAAUUGCUCAACGAAUACCUCGCCCUGCUGUCACGCCAGGCACCGCCCGACUUCCCGCUCAUCGUCACGCUCAUCGAGGCUGUCGAAGAGGACCGAAUACUCUUGCAGCCCGAGACGGUUGCCGCGCUCUGCCUGCGAUUCCUCGAGAACGACCAGCACUUUGAUGUCAUGGACAUCUUGUCGGCCCACUCCUUCUUGUUCAGCGAGGCGCAGCGCGAAGUGGUGCAAAACGCCUUCAUCACCUUCUGCCUCGACCGCAACACCAGCACGCGCCGGGCUUGGGACGCGUACCAGCUCCUCAACCAGUUCUUCCAAGACACGAGCUUCGAGCGCCGGACAAGGCUCAUGGAGGCCUUCUUCGACCGGAGACGCCCAGACAUGGCGUCGAUGGUGUUUGGCCACAUGCGCCAACAUCGAAACCAAUCCUUCCAUCCCCAGCUGGACACGUACGUCCGGUGUCUGGAAGGGCUCGCCCAGCACCCUGACCGCAAGGGACUGGGCCUCGUGCACAACAUGUUCAAGAUGGACACGACGGUCCAGCCGACGACGAAGCUUUACACGGCCAUGAUGCUGGCAUACGCGGCCUGUGACCAGCCCCUGGCGGCGCUGGACUUUUGGACCGAGAUCACGCGGUCGCGGGAGGGACCGUCGUAUGCCAGUCUGGAAGCCGUCUUCUGGACGCUGGAGAGGAAGCCCGGCGGAUGCAAAAAGGCUCGCGAGAUAUGGGAAAGAAUAGAAAAGGUGGACUUGGAGGUGCCACCAGCCGUCUACAACGCAUACGUCGGGGCCAUUGCCGGCAGCGGCGAACUCAAUGACACGCAACAGGCCAUUAUGAAUAUGGAGUCUGUUCUCGGCUCAGAGCCAGACAAGAUGACAUUGGCGAUUGCACACAACGCCCUGCCCGGGCAGAAACUGCAAGAAGAGUUUCGAGAGUGGGCGAAAGACCAGUAUCACGAGGCUUGGACGGAAUUGAACAAGGUCGGCCGGCGGCUGAAUGAGUAUUCGCUGUGCCAGUUCAAGAUCAAACGGGUCAUCAAGGCCUGA